CUUAGAAGUGCAGAAGGGGGGGACAUGUGUGUGUUGUGUCGGGCGUUGCCGUGGAGCUGGGCUCUGUUGACACUCACUGAUGGUGGCCGGGGUGCCAUGGGCUCCCAGCGGGUGGCGGUGACAGUGGUGGGACUGCUCCAGGACCCAGCUUUCCACGUGGCCAAGUGCGCAGCAGAGGCUCUGAAGCUGAAGUUUCCAAGCAAGUUUGCAGAUCCUGUAAUACAGCCGUUAGUAGAAUUUGCAUGGCAUGAAUAUUUACAGGAGAAAAAGAAGGAACUGAGAGGUGAAGUGUGGGCGUAUGCCUCCUCGGUGAUGUGCUUCAUUGAUGGCCAGCUCCUGGGGGAUGAGAAGAAGCUGGUCAAGUGGUCUUACCGUGAGUGGGACUAUCGUGACUUCAAGCCCAAGGCACUUUACCAAGCACUUGCUGAGGAUUUCUACAGCAAAUACCUGAAAAACAGCCAGCACGUGUUUGUGUACCUGGAGAUAGCCAUUGAGGAACAGACCGUCGGGAGGCUGCUCUUUGAGCUCUUUUCGGAUGCAUGUCCCAGGACCUGUGAGAAUUUCCGUGCCCUGUGCGUCGGAGGAGCAAAGUCUCUCCGCGAUGGCCGAGAGCUCACCUACAAAAACUCCCUUUUUCAUCGCCUCGUGAAAAACGGGUGGAUCCAAGGAGGAGACAUCAUAACUGGAAACGGAGAUGAAGGAGAGUCAAUUUAUGGUCCCACCUUUGAAGAUGAAAGCUUCUCCGUCCGUCACAAGGGAAGAGGGGUCCUUGGGAUGGCCAACAAGGGCCGGCACAGCAACGCCUCGCAGUUCUACAUCACCCUCCAGCCAACUCCAUACCUGGACAAAAAAUACGUGGCUUUCGGACAACUGAUUGAGGGCACGGAGGUCCUCCAGAGACUGGAAGCCGUACCUACGUACAACGAAAGGCCUGCGGUACCCUGCAAGAUCAUUGACUGUGGGACCUUCGAGCCGUGAUCGCCAGCUGGGUCUCCUGCCUGCUGCAAGUUCUGUGCCAAAGAUGAAAAUAUGGUGUUGGAUUUUCUUCAUAAAAGAAUAAUUUCCUGACAAAUUACUUUUCAUAAGUAAUCGAGACUAUUGCUAUGAAAGGAUAUGGCUUCAAAACUCAGUAUUGGGGCAGAGGUUAGUGGCUCGUAUUUCUUGCAAGGAUUUUAAAUUGUACUCAGAUGUUUAAAGAUAAAAGUCAGAAAAGUAAUUUUAGUUCUGCAGGGUAUAGAGGACAAUGCUAAAAAGCAAUUAAUUGAUUUUUUUAUUUGCUGUUGGCUUGGUCACCCACGGCAGGUCUGCUCUGUGGCAUAGCUGCACCCCAAUGUCCCCAGUGUCCCCCACAAAGGACCAAGCUAUAGCACAGCGUGUGCUUUGAGUCCAGAUGACCUGAUCCCAGCAGCUGUGAGAGCCCAGAAACUCUCACCGCUUUGGCAACGGGCAGCGCUCAGGAUCCCUCAGGGCAGACAAACGCCUGGUCACCUCAAGUACCCAAAAGCUCAUCCAUCCCAUGCCCAAAGCUCACAUGUGUGACAUCCAGGGCUCAGAGGCUCAGGAUCUAGGAUUGCCACACAGGGUGAGCGGGCUGGGGACAACCGGCUGAAGUUACACCACAUGGAAAACGUUAUAACGAGAAGAGGAGAGUACAACCAGGAAAUAUUUUGAAUUUCAGGCAUAAUGAUCCUUCGGGCAAGCCACAAUUACUGUCUUUGCAUUGGUCGCGGCAGGAUACUCUGCCAGAGAAAAUGUGGUAAAAUCUUUCAUCUGGUAUUAAAGAGGUCACCUAAAAGAAAGUGUCUUUCAAUCCUGGUUCCCCGGUGCCUGCAAGUUGGAUAUGCUUAAGGACCCCAAGGUGAUGAUCGAUGAAACAGGAAAGGAAGAAUCAUCUUAACCUCAAUCCAAAAUUACAUUUUGUGCCGUAUUUUCUGUUGUAACCUACAGUUCUGAUCAAAUCACCAGGAUCCCAUUGCAUCUUCUGAGGGAGCCAGACCCGAGAAGCAGUGUGAGCAAGCAUCCAGAGGAUGUGCAAGCCCAGAGGGAAGCCACGGGUUCUCCAAAAGUCCGGGAAAUUCAGGGGCAGACGGGGAGGUGAAGAUGUUCAUUGCCAAGCGCUGGUUUUGGAGAAGUUCUUUUCCCAGCAACCAUAUACAAAAACUCCCUUCUGUAAAGGGCAGAGGGCAGCAUCCUGCCUCCUGAGAAAACUCUUCUCUUUAGCAGAUUACACAGUGUUUUAUUUACGUAAUGUGUCACAUUAUGCAAAGGUAUGAAAUCCCCCCAAACCUCUUUGGAUGGUGUAUUUCCCUUGUUAAAACACCCACCAUGUAUUUACAUUUCACAUGUACUUCUCUUUUCGUGCAGGUGAAAUGACAAUUUGGAA